AACAUUAAUUUGCCAAACAAAGCAUUGAACUUUGUCUUUUUUCUCUACAAAUUUGCCAUGCUCCCUGCAAAUUAACCAGCAGAGACGAAGAUGGCGACAUCAAUACCCAACAGCCGCAAAGCGAUAAGCUUGAAGCUUCUUGUAGACAGCCAAUCUAGGAAGGUGCUGUUCGCAGAGGCCGGGAAGGAAUUCGUGGACUUUCUCUUCGGACUCGUACAUAUACCCAUUGGUUCUAUGAUGGGUCUUCUUUGGAAUCAUGGCAUGGCUGGACCAGGAUCGUGGAGCAGAGUGUAUGAGAGUAUCCAAGACCUUGAAUCCACCUGUCUUCACCAAAGCAAGGAAAAAUUCUUGAUGCCUGAACCAGCCUUCCCAUCCGAAACUCAUCCGCCUCCGCUGCUGCUCAACUUCGUACCACAAAAACAAGCCACCACAUCACCAAAACGACCAAGACGAGCACUAAUUCAAACAGCACCGUUCUCUUCCGGAAGUCAUCUUUUUGGUUUUGGUCCAACUUCUCUUGAUCUUAAUGGAUCGGUGGCUCAACGCAAGGAGACGGGGUAUGUUAGAGGUGUCGUGACAUUUAUGGUGACGGAUGAUCUGACUGUGAAACCCAUGUCAACCAUUUCUAGCAUCACCCUUCUCAACACCUUCAACGUCAAAGAUGUCAGUUUGCUCCAGGAGAAGACGGUCACGGUUGACAUACAGAAGGGCUUGGAGCUGGUGAAGGCUUCAUUCGGGUCUACCACAGUCCUCACAGAUGUUUUCCUUGGGAAUACAGGUACUUCAUUGAGGGCCUGAUUCAUUAGUAUGGAAUUCUCCAAUCCGAGUAGCAGAAUUCUCCAAUAAGUUCAUCUUGCUUUUUAGAGAUGAAGUAAUAUGUGUAAUUGUGGGUUUUUUAGGCAUGUGAAAAAAAAAACCCGUUUGUUAAUGAUUUUAAAUUUUUGUGAAAUAUAAAUGUAAAAGUAGUUUUUAAGUA